ACCUCCCUUAUAUACGUUGCACAAGUCUGCUUAUAAUCAAUUCUUGUAAUGCUUUUGUUCUGACAAAAUGUAUCGUUUGUUUGUCUUUUUGUUCUCGCUUAAUUUGGCUUUAGGCCAUUUUAAUCAUGACUUUAAUUUUCAUCAUGGUGGUGAUGACGAUUGUGAAUUUGAUGACUCUGGCCCAGAUUCAGACGAGAGCCAACACGGACCGCAUGACUGGUCCGGACCUCAUGACUGGUCUGGACCUGAUCACGGACCCGGACAUCAUCACGGACCCGGACCUCAUCACGGACCUGGACAUCAACAUGGCCCAGGAUGGGGACACCCGUGGCAUGGACAGGCAAGUGACUUCGAUAAGCUGGCUCGUUACGUGAUCUCUGCCGACAAGCAGGUAUACAAUAGUUGCAAGCAAAGCUCGUACAGCCGGGUGCGCGUGCUGCCGGGUGAGGACACGUACGCACUCAAGUACAACCUGCCGGAGUUCGCCGAGAGUGGCAUCAAGUUGCAGAUCAAACACCGUGUUAUCUCGGCCACUGCAGAGGCCCAGGGCGUUCCCACCUUCAAGGACUUGAGAAUCAUCCCGGAAUUUGUGAAAGUGGCUGACGCGUCCUGGUCCUUUCAUAAUGGUACUCUAACGGUUUUGAUGCCGUACAAAAAUCCUCUGAAAACCGAAGUAGCCUUAGAUUGUACAAGUAAUAUAAAUGAAUCUGUUAUCGAUGUAGCCAAAAUGACGAAUUCUCCAGACGAUCUGAGAAUUUUGAAUUGAUAAUUUUCGAAAAGCACUAUAAGACGUAUGUGAUUAAUUUAUGUUUCAAAUAGUAUUCUGUAUAGAUUUAUAUAAAAGUUUGUUAUUAAUACAUGUGUUUUUUAUUCUUCCAUUUAUAACAUAAACGACAUACAAUUAUUAUUUUAUAAUUUCUUUUCAUUAAAGGUUACUCCUU